AUGACUGACAGGGACAGGGAAAAGGGCGCACCGACUGCACAGGUAUCCCAAGAGUCCCAUGUAGUCGAAGAGAUAUUAGAUAUCCAGCCGUUCACUAACAACAAGCGUCUGACUAAUGAAUUCAAAUUGGAAGAGACCUGUUUGGGCGCCGGUAGUUAUGGUGUCGUCAUUAAAGGCACUUAUAAGAUCGAUGCCAAGCCGUACGCCAUUAAACUCAUUUAUUUCGUCGCUAUUAUGUAA